AUGAAAAGGAAAGCAAACGUGAGCACAGCUCAAUUGUGGGUGCAGGGACAAAGGGGACGGGGUCCUCGCGGCGCCGUUGGCGGUUGCAACACCCCCGGCAGUAGAGUGGAUCCUUGGUGGAAUCCUGGUUCCCUCUUUCCAACUGUUCCAACACCAGGGCCACCAAAAAUUGAACACGACGAGGGAUCACCAGGAGAAAAUAAUCAACAAUUGUCUGAACAACAAAAUCAAAUUCGCAAAACACCAAGCCCUUCAAUAUCAAAUCAUCCACUAUUGUCAUCAACAAUUCAACAUCCAAUUUAUCAGCAAUCAAAUAUUAAUAACAUUACCAGUAAUAAAACGAAUAAUAUUAAUAACAACGAUAGAAACAAAGAAAAAAGUAGAAGAAAUUCUGAUAAUAUAAACAGCAUAAAUAAUAAUAAUAGUAAUCAAGAAAUAAACAAAAAUUUGUGCUUUUCAAAACAAUCGAAUAAUCUACUUUCCACGCUGCUUGCUCCAAAGUCUACAGAUUCCUCGCAUUUAACGCGAGGAGUCGAUCAUCCAACUGUUAGUAGUCGAACAGUUUUGUCGUCUCUUUUAAAUACGACGUCCCCAAAUUUAGUUGACUAUACAAAUACUCCUACCAUAUCAACACUAGUGGCUACAACAAGUGUUAAAGAUUCUGAAGCACAAAUUAUUGAUACCUCAAUCGUAUCACCGUCACCAGUAUCAUCUUCAUCAUCGCGAGAUUCAUUUAUUGGUACUGGUUUUUGUGCAUCUUUAUUAAGUUCAUUACUUUCAACUUCCAAAAUUUCGACAACAAAAAGUAUUGAAGACGUGAAUAAUAGCUCAUCUAUUGAACGAUUACAACUUGAUCAAGAACCUAAAGUUGAAUAUUCACUCAGUGGUUCAUCACCACAACAAAACGUUUUAGACGUGUCAACAGAAGAUCUAAUAGCUACAUCACCUUACAAUAUUAUUAGUACCAGUAUAGAAUCAAAGUGUAACUUACCGAAAAAUUUGAUCAAAAAUUCAUCUGACGUAGUUGUAUCGCCUUCAUCCGAAAUAACAAUCGAUAUGAAGUAUGAGACACAAUCAGCACCGCCUACAGGGCCACCUCAUUUGACAGCAGCUGGUGUAGAGCCACCUCAUAGUAGUCAAACAAGUGGAUUAGUUGUAGGAGCAUCACCAACGGAGGUUGUAGGAGUUGAUAGUUUAUUAUUACCAUGGACUACAACAAGUACAGAUUUUUUAGAACCGUCCGAUGUAAAGCAAACUGCUGCAGGUAUUCAAGAUGCCUGGGACACACUUUUGUUAGGAUCAUCAGUUGGAGUAGCAUCAGCACAGUCUCUAGCAGAAUUGAAACCUCUUCCACCUUUCACAGGUUAUACCGGUCAUCUCAGUAUAAAUGGUAUACCUGGUCAUCACUAUCAUACUAUAGCAUCAUCCGCAGAGCGACCAUCAAUGCAAUCAUCUUCUCCUACUCCUUCUUCUAAUCAAGAAUAUUAUGAAUCUCCAGUUGUAUCUUCUAGUACACCAUGCCCUCAAGGAAACCAAAAAUCUCAACAACAGCAACAACAAUCACAACAGCAGCAUCCCCAUCAUCAUCAUCAUCAUCACCACCAUCACCAUCAACAUCAUCAUCAACAUUCUCAACAAACUCAACAGCAACAACAACAACCUCAACAACAACAGCAACAGCAGCAGCAACAACAACAGUUACCACAGUCUACACAACAAGUUGACUAUGAUAUUGAAGAUAUCGCUGAAAUAAUUGGCUCGGCAAUCGCCGACACAACUGUACCUAGUGGAGGAGGAGGUAAUGGUCCAGGUUCUGAACACGAUCCCGAUGGUUCUAGAGAUUGGAUUGAUAUCGCUGAAUGGAUUGAUACUGAAUGUUCACCAAAAACUCAUGAAACAACGUCACCAAAUCCAUAUUCUCAAAUCUACAGCUCAACAAAUCCCAACAGUCAUUCACACCAGCAUGGAUCCACACUACAAAGUCUAUUAACUACGGGUUAUGCACCAUUACUACAAGCAAGGCUUCAGGCUGGUAAUACAGGUUUACAAAAUACCUCAUGCGGUGAAACACCAUCGUCAACAAGUCCAUAUCCUCCAGUUAGUCCGCCAGGUCGCGUAUCUACAUCAUGUAGUCCCGAUCAUUUACUUCAUUCAUCAUUUGCUACUCCUUCUCAUCCGCGAAAGCGAUCACGUCCAUCGCCAGGAAAUCAAAAUCCAUCGAAAAAAAGUCCUGCAGCUGCGGCACUACCUUACGGCACAGAAUCCGGUCUUAUUAGUGGUAAAGAAAAACCUGUUCAUAGAUGUUCUAUAUGUAAUAGGGGGUUUCUCAAUAAAAGUAACAUUAAAGUUCACUUGAGGACGCAUACAGGUGAGAAACCAUUUAGAUGUGAGGUUUGUGGUAAAGCAUUUCGACAAAAAGCUCACCUCAUUAAACAUCAACAAAUUCAUAAAAGGAUUGGUCGAGAUUAAAUAUGAAUUAACAGUACAAGUGUACAAAAAAUAAUUAUUAUGUGCAGUAAAUAAUGAGCUUUAUCCUUUUGAAUAUGUACCUAAAAAAGACGUUCAUUAUGAGCAAUACAGUCAAGUCUCAUUACUCUAUUCAACUAUUUAUCUGUUCACUAAUUGUGAAUACAGCUCUGAAAGUUUCGUUCAAGUUGAAUACUAGAAACUUGACUAUAUAUAUGACCAUAAAUAUAUGAUAAAAGCAUAGCAGAGUUCUUCAUAUUUUCAUGUAUCAUACUGAUGCAAUUUGGUUUUAAAAUAUAAAUCAAAUAGACAAAUAAUUUUUUUUUAUAAUUAUAGUAACAUAAUUUUACUAUUCUAUGCAACGAAUAUAUAUAAAAAAUAUUUCAGGGUAUUUAACCUUGAAGUGAAACGUAAAAAUUUGUAUGUGCAGUGUAUAAUUAUAAUGGUACAUUAUAGCGUUAGAAUGGAAUUUUUUCAAUGAAUUAGGUGUGUAUAUAUACAUAUACCACUAUUUAUAUUAAUAAAAAUAUAUAUUUUGCUAUGGAACAAUACUUUGAUCAUCACUAAUAAUAUUUG